AUGGAAAAUAACAAUGUACCCUCUCUGAAGAGAAAUGACAGUUUUAUUCCGAGGACAACCCAAAGUGUCUCUGAUCUUUUUAUUUAUGAUGGUGUUGAAGAAUGUUGGGAUUUUAUUGAAGGCAAGGUAGAUGGAUUUGACAGCUCACAAGUAGAUUCCACGCUAGCAAGUCAGAUUCCUGAGCGCACGGACAGCUGUUGCUUUAAUGCUAAAGCUUUAACUGCUUGUCAAACAACCGAAUAUGCCAAGACAUGUGAAAAGGGUAGCCUCGGCAAAGUUUUGAAAAAGGACAUACUGUCUGAGAGUCACACAAGGGUCCCUCUAGAAGAUAAGUUCUACUUAGCAGAGAAUUCCUCUUUUUUGGUAGAUAGUGGCAUUGAGCCUCAACUGGAUGGAAACUUUAUUGAAGUCACUGAGGGUUUUCAGAAUGACUUCCUUAAAGACACUGAAUCUUCUGAUGCGACGACGGAGGAGAUCCAUGAGGAUUGGGAGACAAAGCUGAAGUUUCUGUUGGAAAGCGAUGACGAGGAGGAUGAGCUAAUUCCGAGUACUGAUUGUGAUGGGUGUUCUUACUUCCUCGGUGAAAUGCCUCGCCUGUGUCAAGUAUCAGAUAACACUAUGCCCAUGGAGACCACCAUUGGCUUCAGGAGACAUCCGUCAAAGUCCAAAGAGGUAGCUGUCGGGAGCAACUUGACGGCGUACAGACCAUCAACUUUGCAAACAGGAAUGACUCUUACCGUUGGACAACGGCAGAAUAUGAAUCCCGGUAUGAAAAUCAAAGAAAAGCAGAAAGAACUGGUGAUCAAAAAGAAUUACUCCAGAACAGGAGAAGAAAAUCGUGGCCACAGUUGCCCAAGUUGUCAUGUUUCUCCUUUCGGAUUACAAGGCAUAGAAAAUGGAACUUCAGCAAUGAAAUCACCUUCACGACACUUAGAUGUUUCUUCAGCAACAGCGGAAGAACAAGAUACAGCAGAAUGCAAAAGCUUCUCAGGGGAAAUCAAGUCUCGGCGAGUGAUCCAGGUGGGGAAGAAAACGAUGCGAGGGAAGUCCGGUCUGCCCCAUUCUUCAGAAGAUCCUUCCAAGGCGCUACCUCCUAAACCGCUUCACGACUCCAAACUUCAUACAGUUCAGAGGGAAACAAAUCAUCCAGGUUCAGUCACGUCGCUUCACGGACAAGGAAAGACCACCUUGGGGUUAACCAAUGUUGCCGACAAGGAUGCUUUGUUUCAUGGUCAAGGAAGCCAACCGAGGGACGGGUUGGUAGGCAAAUGGAUUACUGGUCCGUCAGAAGGAAGCCAAGCAGCAGAAGAAAAUGCUAUGCCGAAGGCUGUGCUGAUGGAGAGUAUGCAAACUAGGAAGAAAUAUUCUGAUUUCAUUGCUUCUGUCCUCGUUCUAAUAUUUUGUAUUUUUACUUGGCAGGCAAACAUAGAGAAGCCCAGUUUGAAUAGAUCAGAGCAGUCAGGACGAAAUGCUUUAUUGUCGGAUAUUACCAAAGGAAAAAAGCUGAAGAAGGCUGUUACCAAUGAUAGGAGCGCCCCAGUUUUUGAUAAACCAAAAGGGCCAGCUGGUGGCGGAGGCGGCAGCUCUGGUUUCUCCAGUGGUAGCAGUGGCAGCGGUAGCAGCGGUAAUAGUUAUGGUGGCGGUGGACCUCCCGGCUUAGGAGGAUUGUUCCAAGCAGGGAUGCCAAAACUUAGACCUACAAACAGAGAUAAUGACUCUGCAGGAAACAAAGCUCCAGUGUUUCCACCAGGAGGACGAGCAACAUCUGCUAAGCCUUUUUCACCUCCAAGUGGACCAGGCAGAUUUCCAGGCCCUUCUGGACUAAGAGCGCCAGCAACAGAGCCACAGAGAAACCGAAUGCCUCCCUCAAGACCUGACUUUGGCUCCAGGCCUGACACGGGUGCUCCUCCUGUGCCAAAUACUCCAAGACCUAUUCCAUCCAGUCUGUACAACAGAGGUCCACCCCCUGUGCCCGGAGCCAGCAGACAAGCGAGCAUAGGGCUUACCCCUCCACCUUUCCCUGGUAAUAGAAAUUCAGGGCCUGGAGGAUCCAUUCGACAAUCAUCACCAGUUAGUCCUCCUUCUCCCUUCUCAAAUAGGCCUCCUCUCCCUCCAGUACCAGGUAGGCCAACAGAAGAUAAGACACCUCCGCCAUUACCUCCAAGUGGAAACAGGCCAUCUGUCAGCAGGGAGGCUUCCCUGCCACCUCCCCCGCCCCAAAACCACAAGCCGCCAAUUCCUUCCACACCACGACCACCUGCAAUAUCUUCCGUACCUCCUCCUCUUCCCCCAAGUCGGCCAGGCCCACCUCCAGUUCCACCGGCAUCUGGCGGAAAUGAUGAAAUGCCACGGCUUCCUCAAAGGAACACAUCGCUAGUCCCUUGUAUGCCUUGCCCCAAUCGUUCUGGACCUCCACUUCCGCCCCCAGUUGAGAGACCACCACCUCCUAUAAGGGACCCGCCUAGCAGAUCAGGACCUCUCCCUCCGCCUCCGCCACCACUAAUCAGAAACGGAAGUACUUCCAGGGCACUGCCAGCUACUCCCCAGCUUCCUUCAAGAGGAGGAUUUGAAAAAACCAGAAGUGGGCCUGUGCCCCCACCUCCUCCUGACAGGCCAGGUUCUGGAGCGCCCCCACCCCCUCCUCCAUCACUUCCCUCAUCUGCCCUCCGAAAUGGCUUCCAGGAUUCAUCCUGUGAUGAUGAGUGGGAAAGCAGAUUUUCCUUCCAUCCUCUGUCUGACUUGCCACCUCCAGAACCAUAUGUACCCAUGAACAAGAGCUAUCCUAGUAAAUUGGUAAAAAAUGACAAUAGAAGUGGAUCCAGUCGCAGAGAAAGAGGUGCUCCGCCACUUCCGCCCAUCCCACGGUGAAGUGGGCUUCUAAUCCCUUUCAGGAUGACUGUUAUCCUGACACGUUCUUUGAACCUCUCCACAUGUCAUCACAAUGCUCCUUCUCCAACAGCACUUUUGAGCACAACUCCCCACCUUUCGGUUAUUUUUUUUUUAACUUUUCCAUUUAACUUGGUAAAGCUCAAGGAUUUGCUUUGAAUGCCCUGCCUACAUUGGUUUAGAUGCAGGGUGACUGAGAUCUUAUUCCCCUUUUCUUGGCAUUUAGUUCUAGUGACACUAGUGGAACUUGCUUCCAAUAAAAUGCCAAAGCAUCUUUACCUUGAAAACUAUCUUCAAAACUUCUUGGAAACUAUCAUUCGUUGCAGUUCUGCUCAGCCUUGUCAUCAACAAGGAGAGAAAAGCUGCUUUGGCUUACAGCAUAAUACUCUUAGAUGUAAUUCCUGGAGAUGAAAGUCUUCCCUAUUUCUAUGGGUGGAAAUUCACUUUUUAAACUGUAAUCUCUGUGAGAUUACUGAUCAAUUUGAUCUGGGCCAUUAAAAAAAAAAAGUGGCACAGUAAUUGCUACAUUCCACUUCUAGAAAGAGAUUGGGGAUAAUUACGUGACAUUUUCUCAGGCAAUCUGUUUGAUCUGUAAUGAAUUGGAGCCUUUCAGAGACCAAAAGAAUGUUGCCAUCAAGAUUGCUUAUAACUUCCGUUACAGCUUUCACAAAUGCAUCUCAGGCUAGCUGUUGGGCUCAAUUGGAUUGAAGUGGAGAAUUUUUAAAAAAAGGAAAAUACUGGGCACUCGGUCAUUAGGUUGGGAUGAUUGAGUGUCAUUGUCAUUUUGAGGAUUACACCAUCACUUCACUAAUGGUUAUACUAUUAGACCUCCCUUCUAAGAUGUAUCAUUCCCAAAGCUUUCCAAUAAUAUGUAAUGUUUACUAUAAAAGCCUAUAUUUUGAUCUGCAAAAGACAGAUACUCAACAAUUAUUUAGUGUAUCCAAGUAUCAAAGAAUGCCACUAAGACUUUCUGUGAUUUUUUUUUGGCUAAUAUCUAUGUGCUGGACCUCCAUUUUUAUUAUGGUACAAGUUGAAACUUUUGAGUAUGGGAAUUUUUUAUUUGGCUCAUAUGUGCUUCAAACAGCUUUUCUUUUCUUUUGCGUUGGCAGCUACUAAUCAAAUAUCCAGCUAUAUGUAGGAAAUGUUUAACUGUAGAAGAAAUUCAAUUGAGUUUUUUACAAGCUCUCAAUUAAGUUUUUAACCUGGGUUCAGAAGCGGUUAGUAUUUACAUUCUGAUUUUGCUGCAAUGAUCAUUCCUUUCACAGGAUUUUCCUUACCUGAAAAAGGUCCAAGAGCAGACUUGGUUAUUGUGGGUUGGGGCUAUGUGCUUUUGGAAUCCUACCUGUCAAUAAAUGGAUUUGGCAAUUUACAAUGUUCAUUUUAUCUAACUGAUAUCAACUUACGGCAAGAAUCCUUGAAGAAUUAUGAUUCUGUACUGAAAUUUAUGGGAUAAGCCUCCCAGAGUGGCUUCACGGUAAGAUGGACAGCAUAUAAAUUUAAUAAAUAAUAAAACAAAUAAAACAAAUACAGUUUCUACUUAGGGGGAGAUAAGUUAUGAAGAUUUAAUUUCAAGGAUCUUCUCAGUUUUAUCUGCCUAAUACUUUGCAAGGUAGAGGCAGCAGAGUGAUCUUUCAAAUGAUGUUAGCAGCAUCUGUAAAGGAGGUUAAAAAAAAAUCAAGAUGGCAGAUGCUCAGCGAUGAUGUCAUGAGAUGGGAAGAAGCAGAAAUAUUGAUGAAUCAAUGUGUUUAAUAUAAUACAACGCACAACAGAAUUGUGGAAAGGUAAAGUAAGAUCUCUUUAGUUACAUACAUGAAAAGUAAACUCACAUAUUUGAGGAAAAAGUCUGAGGAUACACUUGAAAGUGUUCACAAUGGGUAUUUGUAUUAGUGGCCUUAUCAGCAAAGAUACACCUUUGUGUUGAUGGUAAGGACAGAACUAAAGAGAGCAAAGAAUAUAACUUUACAUUGUCUGUGAAUGAGUGUAUGUCAUUUUUAAAUUUACUUUUUUGGAUUAAAAUAGACUUUGUUUUAGUGUUGAGGUUCAUUCUUUGAACCCACUUCCGUGAUGGAAUUGGUAUGUAACGAAUACCUUUCAGGAUCCAAAACCUUUAUCCACCCAAAUUUUGCUAUCAAAUCAGAGAUUUACAUAAACUAUAAUCAGAAAUAGGUUUCAGCACUUUUAAGGGUCAUAUAUGGUCUAGAAUUAUAUUUUUCAAUGGACUGUUGCCCUAUUUGUAUAUAUUUAAUUCUGACAUUCAUACAGAUGAAUCAUUCCAGUUUCAGUCUGAUUACCAUAGUACAGUACAUGUGUGGAUUAUAAACAACUUCAACAUGAUGAACAAAAAAUAAUUGAAUUAUUAUUUACAUUUUGUUGCAGAAACUGGAAUAUUUAUGUUUCUUUGUAUUACCCAGAUUUUUUUAUAUGCUGCAAGGUCUCUGCAUCUUGUAUGUGUAGUUUGAUAGCCAAUUGUUAUUUUUAGCAUAUAAAGGGAAUGUGGCAGAAAGAAAUUCCAAAUUCACUGCAAUUUCAGUAGUUAAUGUAAUAGAACUCUUUGAGCUGGAAAAGUUGGACAAACUGAUUUAUCAAUGAAAGGGCCAUUAGCCAUUAGCCAUUAUAAAUAAGGUAAUAGAGCACUGUUCUUCUGCCAGUAAAUCAGGAUCAAUUUUCUUUAACUUGGUGCUUUCUAGCUUCAGUGGGAUGUCAAUUUCAAAUCUCCUAUCAUUCAACCACCUUGACCAUUGCUGAUUAGGAAUAAUGGGAUUUAUAGUCCCAAUACAUCCAACAAGAACCAGUUUAGGAAAAAAACUACUCAAGAUACGUGAAAAAGUAUAGUCAGCCAGGUAGAGAAAGAACAGGCAAAUAAUAAAAAUACCUGUGGUCCACUUAAUUAUGUUUCCUUACUGUGCUUAGUUUUAUCUGCCUAAUACUUUGCAAGGUAGAGGAAGCUGAGUGCUCUUUCAUACCAGAUAAUAUUGCUUACUGUAUCUACAAUUAUUACUACUAAAUAGCUGCCAUUUUUGUGGCAUUUAGAAAAUUAGAUCUUUUUUUACCAUUAAUCAAUCAAAGAAUUAACUUGGCAAAUUUACUUCUAGUGCAAUAUAAUCUGAAAUUCCAACCAAAGCCUUAACAUGCAGAAUGUGAUGUGGCCUUCAGAGAGAAACAUGGCCUUCUCUCUUUCUCAGAGGAUAAUUUGUUAGCACUUUCUCUUCUAAAGGAAACCUCCUCAAAGAAUUUAUGCUAAAUACUGUAAAAAUAUUUCAAAGAAGAGAUUUGUUUUGGUUGUGUAAACCACCUCUCUUUUUCUUUCACCAGAUAUAUUUUAAAAACAACAUGCUUAACACAUUUUAGUAUAGAUGCAUUAAAGUACAUAUUUAUUUAUGCACAAUAAGUAAGCGGUGGAAAAUAAAAUCACAUUUUCAUCCCUGGUGCCAUGAAACACCUCGGUGCCUUGAGUCUAAAUGGCAGCUUUGAAAAGAAACAAGAUCUAAAACUUAUUGUCUCCACUGUGAAUUUCAAAUACAACAUUUAUACUUUGUGUGAUAUUCAAGUAACAUACAACGCACAAUAUUCACUAAGUAGCAUCUUAUCUUACUAUACAGAAAUACAAUAUAAUGAAUUACAAACACCAGACUGCAAUUUUAAGUUCUUUAUUCUAGCAGUAUCUUGGAUGGAUAAAUUCAUGGAAAUUUUAGAUGGAUGCAUUUAAAAUUUGAAAAAAGCAAAAUUUAAAUCUUUUUCAUAUGAAAGAAUCAAAUCAUUUGUGAAAUAACAGGAUAUGUAUUUAAAAUAUAUGAUCCAUACCCUCCUUUUUAUAGAAUUGCACAUAUAUCAUGGAAUAAAACAUGCCCAUAUUGUAAAUAAGGUUGUUUUCAUUUGAUUUUAGGUUAUUAACAUGCAUAUCUUAAAGUACAUGUACAUGAGUAUCUAAAUGGCAAGUGAAUUUCUUGCAUGUACAAAGGAAUAAAAAUUAAAACGAUGCAAAGUUA